AUGUCAGAACGCGAAGCUCCGCCGCGUCUCCUCAAGCACAAAACAUGGUCUCCCAACAUGUACCGCGAGGAGACUUGGGUCCGGCGGCAGGCCGGGAAUAACAACCGCCCCCGCCCCCGCCGCGACAGAUGCAAGAGCGUCACCGACGACGACUUGGAUGAACUCCGCGGGUGCAUCGACCUGGGGUUCGGCUUCCACCCGGAGCCCCACGAUUUGGAUCCCAAACUCGCCCACACUUUUCCCGCUCUAGAACUCUUCUGCGCCGUUAACAAACACUACAACCAAUCCCUGUCGUCGAUGUUUGAUUUAGCCGAAGAUCCAGAGACGGUGAAGACUAAAUUGAAACAGUGGGCGAAGGUGGUGGCUUGUUCGGUGCGCCAAUCUUCGCGAAUCCCAUAAAACUGCAACAAAGUUUGUCCUGGGGCCCGCUCUCGAGGAUAUUAAGGAGGAAAAAGUUGGAAGUUUUCACAACAUUCCUGUACAGCAUUAAACUUUUUCACAACUCAGACAAUUAUUUUAAGUAUUUUAAUGGUAAUGCUGGUUUGGUAGGAUGGGAUUUUCUUAUAUUUGUCAACAUUUUUUAUUAAAUGUGGUUUCCUAAAUUAAUUUAUUGUUCUGUAUUAUUGUCUGCAUACCGCCAUCAUAGGGAAUGAUUCGUUUGUUGCAAUAAUCUAUUGGUUUAAAAUUUAAA